AUUCGUAGUUUUGGUCACCUGGCGCCGCGGGUCGUGGUUGGACUGACUGCGGGUAGGAGGAGUACCGGAGGGGGCCGGGCCGGAUUGGGCCCCGCUUGAGACGGGACAGUGGGGACCCGCCGCUCUGGGAAGGUCCGAUGAGUUCCGUGGCUUUUUGCAGGGUUUGCUGUCUUAUCACUUGAAGGCAGAACUCCGGAAAAGUCAGCACGUGCUGGAGAAAGAUGAGUUCGAGCUUGACCGCGAGUCAAGUCAGUGACGCCGAGGCAGGAGCCUGGAUGGCAGCUGAGAAGUCUAGGGUCGCCGCGCCAUCUCUGCGUGAUGGACUUUUGAUAGUGAAAGUGGAGGAAGACUCACCCGGAGGUCGGGAGUCGGACCUGCCCGCGGACUGUCAGGAUUCCGAAAAGUCGCGGCAGCAGUUUAGGCGGUUCCGUUACCAGGAGGUGACUGGACCCGAAGAGGCGCUAAGCCGGCUCAGGGAACUUUGUCGCCGGUGGCUGAGGCCUGAGAUGCAUACGAAGGAGCAGAUCCUGGAGCUGCUGGUGCUGGAGCAGUUCCUGAGCAUCCUGCCCCAGGAGCUCCAGGCCUGGGUGCGGAAGCACUGCCCGCAGAGCGGGGAGAAAGCUGCGGCCGUGGUGCGCGCUUUUCAGAGAGCGCUUGAUGGGGCCUCUCCCCAGGAGUUGGUGAAGAUUGAGAAUGUGGCUGUGUCUCUAAACUGUGAGGAGUGGGAGCCUCUGGACCCAGCUCCGAGGGAGUUCUGCUGGGAGAGCGCACAGGAGGAUCAUAGGACCUCGGUCUCACUGGUCUCGCCGAGUUUGGAAACCAGAACCGAGAACAAAGACUUUAUUCCAAAACAAGAAAUUUUAGAAGAAGUAGAGCCUCAGGGGCAGCUACAAGAAGGGUCCCACAGGAAGGCUCCCCCUGGAUGUAGUGAUACUGGUGAGAUAGGGGUAGAAAAGCAGUCAAGAAAUCCCUCAUCAUUGAAACUGGAAAAUUCUCCUGAAGAGGAAGGACUCCCCAGCACCGCAGAUCUCAAGAAUGGUCCCACGGAGGAGGGAGACUUCAGACAUGACCAACUUGGGAACAGGGCCAGAAGUUCAAACUCUGUUCUUUGUCAGCACGUGCAGGCCACAGGGAGGCCCGUCGACCACAAUGACCUGGGGGACAGUUGUACACAGAGUUCAGAGCCGGUAAAGCAUCACACAGUGAAACCUCCCCGCUCCUUUGACAGUGAGGAACAGCUCCACAGUGCAGACCUCUUUAAGACCCAGCGACAGUUCCGUGAAGAAAGGCCAUAUAAAUGCGGGAACUGUGAGAAGAGUUUCAAACAGCGUUCUGAUCUUUUUAAACACCAGAGAAUCCACACGGGGGAGAAACCCUACCAAUGCCAGGAGUGCGGGAAGCGCUUCAGUCAGAGCGCUGCCCUGAUCAAACACCAGAGGACGCACACGGGCGAAAAGCCCUACACCUGCCCUAAGUGUGGGGACAGCUUCCGGCAGAGCUCCCAUCUCACCCGGCACCAGAGGAUCCACAUAGGAGAGAAACACUUCGAGUGUCACGAAUGCGGGGAGACCUGCCGUAUUUCCAACCGUUUUAGACAUCAGAGAAUUCACAAAGGGGAGAGACCCUACGCGUGUGAAGAGUGCGAGAAGAGCUUCAAACGGUGCUCAGACCUCUCUAAACACCAGAGGAUCCACACUGGGGAGAAACCGUACGGGUGUUCUGUGUGUGGGAAACGCUUCAGCCAGAGUGCAACCCUCAUUACGCACCAGAGGACUCACACUGGAGAAAAACCUUACAAAUGUCUUGAAUGCGGGGAAAGCUUUAGACAGAGUCCACACCUUAUCCGACACCAAAGGAUCCAUAGAAAUAAAGUCCCACCGUUUUGACAUGGCUGCUGCUUGGGCUGUUUUGGGGUGUGUGUGUGUGUGUGUGUGUGUGUGUGUGUGUGUGUGUGUUUUCUGUUGUCCAGAAACGACAUUCUUUGGCAUUUGGAGUAUGUCAGUCAUUUGUGGAUCGUAUUUCCACGGGCAUCACACCCAAGAUAGAUCAGUCAGUAGGUCUCAGUACCUACUCUGAACAUCACUGUGAAGCAGGAAUGUGUAAGCGGGGAGCCCUUCCAAAGGAUGAGGGGGUCCCAUGGAAGGGCCUCCCGACGACAUCAAAGGCUCACUUGUAACAGUUCUGUCCUGGUCUCUUCUCUUUUCUUACCUCUGCUUUCAGACCAAAUCUUGCCCACUCCACUCACUGCCCUGAGAAAUGUUUGUGACACUUAGAAUUGUCUUUCUGCUUUGAUGGUGGACAGGAUUUCAAAUACAUGAUGAUCCAAAACACCGUGUAAAGUUUGGUACAUACAAGACACACUCUAUAUUUUUUGCUUUUUUAAAAAUGAACUUUGCAGAGUUUCUCUUUCUUCCCCAUUCUAGGGGUUCCAUUUUAUAAGUCUUGUUGAUUUCUUUUCAAAAGAGAGGCAAAGGGAAACCCCACCCAAAUACACCUACAAAUUCCCAUCAUUGUAUCCUU